ACAAAAAACUCCCAUUCUUCCAGAAAUGCGCCGGAAACAAGCUCGCCCAACCAAGCGACCUCAAGAGGACUACGAUUUUGAUGGUCUCGAACCCGCCAAGGUCACGAAAACUGAGCCCACCCCCGCACAAGAUGAGAAACCCCCUCUCAACUCGACAGAUGAUCGUCUACACACAAUAGAAAUGAUCCCGUCAUGCUCAAAGGACCCCACACCUGGAGAAUUGCCAAAAAAGACUACGGCCAACCCACUUCUGCUGCUGGAACGGUCAUUGAAACGGUUCGAACCGCAAAAACCAGGAGGACAGCCGGUUCGUUCAUCUGCGAGCACAUUUAGUAAUGGAUUGGGAGCGUUGUUUCAGUUUGUUGGAAAAAUGCAAGCCCAACAGCGGAAAGAAAACGAUGUGGAUUCAAUUUUGAAGUGCCUCCAAUGUGGGAAAAAUUUCCAAACUAUGGAAAUGUUGAUUAGACAUAUGCAAGACACACAACACUUCAAUAAUCUUCCAAAAACAUACAGCUCACUUAUCCAAAUGGAGCGCCAAAAAGUUCUGAAUCUGAAACUCCAGAUGAAAUCUGAAAGCAUGAAAUUAGCGUGUGUCAAAUGCGGAGAGAUUCCGGCGAAUAUUGACAAACACUUGAAAGAGGUUCACGACGUGAAAACGAGCUCUGAUUGGCUACGAAACAUUAGAAUUAUCCGAGAAGGGGAAAAUUCGAUGUCGUCACUAUCAAGUGCGCCUCAAACAGCCGCCAAUUCUCCUCAUCUCAACAAAUUGAUGUCUUUAAUUAAUACGGUUGAUAAAAAAUGA